AUGACCACUGUAAUAGCGGCGACGAAGGAGGAGCGACGGCGGAUCAAGAGGCGGAAAAGGGUCGGAGGCAACCUCAAAGCCAAGAGAAAGGCCAAGGCCGCCGCCGCCGCCGCCGCCGCUGCCUCUACAGACAGUGGACAUUCUCCUGCCGAGACCGCGGCGGCUACAGACAGUGGGCAUUCUCCUGCCGAGUCCACUGUAAUUACGACGACGAAGGAGGAGCGGCGGCGGAUCAAGAGGCGGAAAAGGGUCGGAGGCAACCUCAAAGCUAAGAUAAAGGCCGAGGCCGCCGCCUCCGCCUCCGCCGCUACAGACAGUGGACAUUCUCCUGCCGAGACCACUGUAAUUACGGCUAUUACGGAGGAGAAGAAGCGGAGCAGGAAGCGCAAAAGAGUCGGCCAUCGACGCGGAGGAAAAAAAACGGACGAGGCCGCCACCGCUCCUACAGAUAGCGGGCAUUCUCCUGCCGUCUCUCCUGCUUCAGUACCUUCUAAUGUCGUGAAGGGUUGCUCAAAAUCUUCUUCAAUUGCCUCUCCUGCUUCCGUACCUUCUAAUGUUGUGCAGGGCGGCUCAAAAUCUUCUUCACCUGCCUCUCCUGCUUCCGUACCUUCUAAUGUUGUGCAGGGCGGCCCAAAAUCUUCUUCAUUUUUUCUCGACAAGAUGAAAGCGAGGUUAUCGGGAGGUCAUUUCCGCAUGAUUAAUGAGAAGCUGUAUACUUGCACUGGGGAUGAAGCACUCAACUACUUUAAAGAGGACCCAGCGUUGUUCCAUGUGUAUCAUUCAGGGUACCAAGAGCAAAUGUCGCAUUGGCCUGAGCAGCCUAAUGAUACUAUUAUAAAGUGGAUAAACAAUCACAGUCCUUCUCUUGUUAUUGCCGAUUUUGGUUGCGGGGAUGCACGCCUCUCAAGAAGUGUGAAGAAUAAAGUUUAUUCCUUUGAUCUCAUUUCAUACGACCCUUCAGUCAUUGCUUGUGAUAUGUCCAAGACACCCCUCGAAGAUUCUUCUGUGGAUGUUGCCGUAUUUUGUCUCUCGUUAAUGGGAACAAAUUUCCCUAGUUAUAUUCAUGAAGCAAAUAGGGUCCUUAAGAAUCGUGGGUGGCUUUUAAUAGCCGAAGUGAAAAGCAGAUUUGAUCCAAGUACAGGAGGAGCAGACCCAUACAAGUUUAUAAAAGCAAUAUCCCAACUUGGAUUUGCCUCUGUGUCUGAGGAUUUUUCCAAUAAAAUGUUCAUACUGUUCUACUUCAAGAAGAAGAAGGAGAAACAAAAACCGAAAGAUAUCGAGUGGCCAGAACUGAAACCUUGCUUGUACAAACGCCGUUAA